AUGGUGAACUUUUUCUCGAUAUACAAAUCCUUAUUGCAUGGGGCACUGAAGCUAGUUGGGAUGACAACUCAGGAAGUAGAGAUCGAGCCAGGGACGAUCUUAAACUUCUGGCUUCCAGCUCAAACAACUAACAACAAGCCAGCUGUGGUGUUUCUUCACGGAUUUGGCUUCGAUGGUAUUCUAACUUGGCCAUUCCAGGUUCUAGCCUUUGCCAAAACGUAUUCUGUGUACGUUCCGGAUUUUCUCUUCUUUGGCGGCUCGAUUACGGACCGACCUGAGCGGACAGUGGAGUUUCAAAGUGAGUGUAUGGGUAAGGGGCUGAGGAAGCUCGGAGUAGAGAGGUGCACCUUGGUUGGGCUCAGCUAUGGCGAGACGGUGGCGUUAAAAGUGGCUGAAAUGUACCCUGACUUGGUUGAGUCGGUGGUGGUGACUUGUUCAGUCAUGGCGUUGACUGAGUCUGUCAGCAAUGCCGCGCUUCAGAGAGUUGGGUUCUCUUCCUGGGCAGAUUACUUGCUUCCUGAAACGGCUGAGGGUGUGAAGACUCUCCUUGACGUCGCCAGUUACAGCUUCCCACGAUUGCCCGAAUUCGUUUACAAAGAACUUUUGGAGACAAUGUUUAACCACAGAAAGGAGAGAGCUGAACUUCUAAAAGCUUUGGUCAUAAGUGAUGAGCAAUUUACUAUCCCUCGUUACCAACAGAAGGUGUAUAUCUUGUGGGGUGAAAAUGAUUUGAUUUACGAUAUGGAAACUGCAUGGAACUUCAAAGAACAAGUCGGACAGAAUGCAACGUUGAAGGCAAUAGAGAAGGCAGGUCACCUUGUUAAUAUGGAGCGACCAUGCCUCUAUAACAAGGAGCUCAAGAGAAUUCUUGCCUAUGCUCAACAAAGCUGAUGGAAUCAGUGAGACAUGUCUAUUAUUUCAUUUCUUCAUGUAGUGCUUUGUUCAUUUAAA